UGUGGGCGGGGCGAGGUGCUGACCAGCAGGCCGUUCGUCCAAUGAAGAGCGGAAGUCGCUAGAGGAGGCCGGGCGAGACGAGUAGAGGCCGGCAUCUGUGGGUGUGGACUGUGCUAUGGCGGAACCCGUGAGGAAACGGGGUCGGGCGUCCCGAGGCGGCGGUGUAGGCCGAAGGGCUCGAGGGGCUCGACGGACCCGGGGUGGCCGAGGCCGGGGUCAUCACGCCCAGCGGUCUCCAGCCCGACGCACCCUGGACUCCGUGUUUGUGGAUUUGAUCAGCGAUAGCGAUGAGGAUAUCCUGGAGGUCGCAACAGCGCGCGGCGCUGCGGAUACGGCUGAAGCCCCGCUGCCGGAGGCCCCCGUGCCAGCCGCGUCCCGGGACGACAGCGACAGUGACAGCGAAGGGGCGGACGCGCGACCCGAAGGAGCCCCGCGGAUCGCGGUCAGGCGGCGGCGGCGGCUGCUGCUGGAUCCCGGGGAGGCACCGGUGGUUCCAGUGUACUCCGAGAAGGUGAAAAGCAGCCUCCACUUCAUCCCAGAUCACCUGCCCCUCCUGAAACUCUGCCCUCCAGGGGCUGAGGAAGAUGCAGAAAUGGCAGAUUCCAGCAGUUCCCAACCCGAAGACCCCGCAUUUCCAGGCUCUACCUGGAAGAAGAAGCUGAGGGGUAAGGACGAAGAAGAAGAGAAGAAGAAGGUGUUUCUGGUCCAGGACGUAUCUCCUUUGCCCCCACCUCCACCAAGGACCAAAAGCAGGAAGCAUACGAGGGCACUCCAGAAGUUAAGGGAAGUGAACAAGCGCCUCCAAGAUCUUCGUUCCUGCCUGAGCCCCAAGCAGCACCAGGGCCAAGACCGCCAGAGCCAGGAGGAUGACGUGGUCCUGGUGGAGGGGCCCAUCCUCCCAGAGAGCCCCCGCCUCUUCCCACUCAAAAUCCGGUGCCGGGCUGACCUGAUCAGAUUGCCAGUCCUAAUGUCGGAGCCCCUGCAGCGUGUGGUGGACCACAUGGCUGCCCACCUUGGGGUAUCCCCAAGCAGGAUCCUCUUGCUUUUUGGAGAGACAGAGCUGUCCCCUACUGCCACCCCAAGGACUCUGAAGCUUGGAGUGGCUGACAUCAUUGACUGUGUGGUGCUAGCAAGUUCUCCAGAGGCCACGAAGAUGUCCCAACAGCUCCAACUCCGGGUGCAGGGGAAGGAGAAACACCAGAUGCUGGAAGUCUCGCUGUCUCCGGAUUCUCCCCUCAAGACCCUCAUGGCCCGCUACGAGGAGGCCAUGGGACUCUCGGGAUGCAAGCUUUCUUUCUUCUUUGAUGGGACGAAGCUUUCAGGCAUGGAGCUGCCGGCCGAUCUGGGCAUGGAAUCUGGGGACCUCAUUGAGGUCUGGGGCUAAAACCCCUCUCCCUGUCUGGGGGCCCAGCCUGGACUUGGCGAGAACAUCUGCCCCUUUCUUUUAAACUGUAUUUACCAAUGAGGUAGAGCUUCUCUUUAAGCUAAAGCAAAAUCGAGGCGUGACCUUUGGCCUUCUCUCCUGUUGACACUGGUUUUAAGCUGUUAACUGCCUGGUUAGUUGUGUGGUAGUCAUUCCUGCCCUGGGUGGGCUGGCCUUCCAGCCACAUUUUUGGGCUGAGUUUUCCAGCCCCUAGCACAUGGGGAACAUGUCCCUGCAUCGCCACCCUUUCAUCUGCAUCAUCACCCUUUCUUUCAUCAGAAUGUCUGUUCUCUGAAUCUUUGCUUGUAUUUAAAUAAGGGUUGCAUUUGGGAUUCCAGACCUGGGAUCUAUGCCACAUCUAAGACCAACAGUGGCCUUCCUCUCAUUUGGGGGGUGGGAGUGGAGUUUGCUUAAAGCAGAUACACUGGUGUGGUUCCUUGCCUUGCAGGAAAAUAAAUGGCCAAGCUCAUACAUACAGUAGCUUAAGCGUAGGCAGACAACUGGGUGGCUCUUUUGAAGGCUGUAGGUAAUGGGUGUCUUCCUCACCCCGAGGACUCCUUCCAUUCACCCUACCUGGUUUACCCUUCCAGGUGCACACACACUAAGGUAUAACAGCACAUUCAGCUUUUUUGUUUGGGGUCUUGGGAUUGGUCUCUGGUUUUAUGGCUUUUCCCCCUUCUCCACCCCAUCCUCUCCCAUAAGCCCCCAUUCUAAUAUAUUUGUUACAUGUCCUUGGAUAUGAAUGUAUCCUUGUAAAAUACAGCGUUUUAUGUGUGAAUGUGCUUUUAAUAUCCAUAGUGGUAUCUUGUGCUGUUUCUUUUUUCACUCAACAUGUCACUUACUCUGUAUCUGCUUCAUUGCUUUGAACUGCUGCCUGCUAUUCCACAGUGGGUGCCGGUUGCAUUUUGCUUAUCCAGUCCCUCCAACUCCUUGGCACCAUACACAAGGCCACAGUAAACAUCCUUUAAGGUGUCCCCUCCUGGGCUUGCAUGAACAGUUCUCUGGCAUAGGUACCCAGGAUAGGGUUAUAGGUCAUACAGGGUAGUUUCUCUGUGGUUCCACCAGAUUUUUCUUUAGAAAGGUAAUUGACCCUCCCACUGAGGCUCCUAAUCUCUCCUCAUCCUCAUCAGCUUUUAUUAUUGCCCAGCUUUCUAAUUUUUGCUGGUCUGACGGGUGUCAAGUGGCACCAUGUUUGAAUGUACAUUCACCUGAUCACCAGUAAUGCUGGGAACCUCUCCGUAUACCUGUCGGCCUUUCUGGCAGCCCUUUCUGUGACUUGCUCAUUUGCUCAUGGGGUCCUGUCUUUUCCUUGUGUCUUCACAGGAGUUGCUUCUCUAUUCCAGAGCAGUUUUCGGCAUUGCAGGCAACUCUCGUAGAAUGCCCUUGUCUUUUAUUUCUACAGGUGUUCCUCAUGGAACAGAAAUCCUUAAUGUACAUGAAUUCACUAUUUUGUCAUAUAGUCUGUUGCCUUUUGGUUUCUUGUUUAAAAGUCGCUAAGAUGUUUUGCACUUUCUAAUGUUAGCUAAUAAAACUGAUAAGCAUUUUCUUUCAUAUUAGGCCGCUGAAUGGGGCUGGAGUCUUGCUGGCACAAGCUGCUCUGGGACAUUGUUGAUAUCUGUUCUGAGUGGUCAGUCACUUGUUCUGAUUGGGUGUUGCUGGGCUGCACUGGUUGCUAUAUAUUUUGAAUAUCACUCCUGCCUUUAAACUAUUUGAAAUGCACCUUUAUGUAUGAGAUCCAUGUUUAUUUCCACCAUACAGCGAGCCAGUUUUCUCAUUACUGUCUACUAAAAGAGCCAUUAAUUCUCCACUGAUAUGUGGUGUCAUUUUAGCAAAAGUAUGUCAACUUCUUAAAUAAAAAUUUUUUUUUUUUUGGAAUGUGACAUUCCUUAGAAUUUAUAAUGUGGAAAUGCAGAAAGAAACCUUUAUAAUGUUUAAAUAGUCCAUGAUAUGGUAUAGCUCUCUAUAUAUCAGAUCUUUAUGUCUAUUAAUAAAUUUGAACACAUUAAAGUUACUUAUUCAGUCUCAGCAAAAUAAAUGAGAAUACAUUCAACUUGUGUAUCCUUGAGGAUUUCUUUGUGGCCCUCACGUGAUCCCCACUAAAACCCCUGUGACAGAGAUUAUUAGUUGUUCCCUCAUAUUCAUUCUUCCUCCUUCCCAUGUUUC